ACAGACAGUGUUUCUGUGACUAUAACGGCAUAAACACAAUCACAGACAACAUGAUCUGCAUCGGGUUACGCUCCGGAGGGAAGGGCGCCUGUCAGGGGGACUCAGGCGGUCCGAUGGUGACAAAGACAGGAAGUAUCUGGGUCCAGGCUGGAAUCGCGAGCCAUGGUGUAGGUUGUGCAAAGCCUAAAUUCCCAACAGUCUACGCCAGAGUGUCCGAGUAUCAGUCCUGGAUCAACAGCCAAAUCACCAGUGACCAGCCAGGCUUCAUCACCUUCACGUCCAACGGGACUGACAGUGACCUCAGUGUCAGCUGUUCUGGCCUGCCGCCACCUCCAACCACCCUCCCUCCAACAACAGUCAAGCUGUGCGGUCGGCCUGUGCUCAACACCAGGAUUGUUGGAGGACAGGCGGCCUCUGAGGGCAGCUGGCCCUGGCAGGCCAGUCUGCAAAGAUUUGGAUUUCACUUCUGCGGAGGAUCCCUUAUUAACAAAGAAUGGGUGCUGACGGCUGCUCACUGCUUCGAAAGCACCAGCACAUUUGGUUUGGCUGUGCUCCUCGGUCUCCAGAGUCAAGUGGGGUACAACCCCAAUGAGGUGUCUCGGACAGUCUCUCAGCUCAUCAAUCAUCCCAGCUACAACCCUAGCACUAGUGACAACGACAUCUCCCUCCUGAAGCUCUCCUCACCGGUUACUUUCAACGACUUCAUUCUGCCAGUGUGCCUGGCAGCCUCAGACAGCACUUUCAACGACGGCGAGGACACCUGGAUCACCGGUUGGGGCAACAUCGGAUCUGGAGAAACUCUUCCUUACCCAAAAAACCUAAUGGAGGUGGAGGUGCCUGUUGUUGGGAACAAACAGUGUUUCUGUGACUAUCGCUUUAUAAACACAAUCACCAACAACAUGAUCUGCGCUGGGUUACGCUCCGGAGGGAAGGACUCCUGUCAGGGGGACUCAGGUGGUCCGAUGGUGACAAAGACAGGAAGUGUCUGGGUCCAGGCUGGAGUCGUGAGCUUUGGUGUAGGUUGUGCGAAGCCUAAUUUCCCAGGAGUCUAUGCCAGAGUGUCUGAGUAUCAGUCCUGGAUCAACAACCAAAUCAUCAGCAACCAGCCAGGCUUCGUCACCUUCACGUCCAAUGGGACUGACAGUGACCUCAGUGUCAGCUGUCCAACCACCCUCCCUCCCACCACCCUCCCUCCAACAACAAUCAAGCUGUGCGGUCGGCCUGCGCUCAACACCAGGAUUGUUGGAGGACAGGUGGCCUCUAAGGGCAGCUGGCCCUGGCAGGUCAGUCUGCAAAGAUUUGGAUUUCACUUCUGCGGAGGAUCCCUCAUUAACAAAGAAUGGGUGCUGACGGCUGCUCACUGCUUCGAAAGCACAUUUGGUUUGGCUGUGCUCCUUGGUCUCCAGAGUCAAGUGGGGUACAACCCCAAUGAGGUGUCUCGGACAGUCUCUCAGAUCAUCAAUCAUCCCAGCUACAACCCUAGCACUAGUGACAAUGACAUCUCCCUCCUGAAGCUCUCCUCACCGGUUACUUUCAACGACUUCAUUCUGCCAGUGUGCCUGGCAGCCUCAGACAGCACUUUCAACGACGGCGUGGACACCUGGAUCACCGGUUGGGGCAACAUCGGAUCUGGAGAACCUCUUCCUUACCCAAAAAACCUUAUGGAGGUGGAGGUGCCUGUUGUUGGGAACAGACAGUGUUCCUGUGACUAUCGCUUUAUAAACACAAUCACAGACAACAUGAUCUGCGCUGGGUUACGCUCCGGAGGGAAGGACUCCUGUCAGGGGGACUCAGGUGGUCCAAUGGUGACAAAGACAGGAAGUGUCUGGGUCCAGGCUGGAGUCGUGAGCUUUGGUGUAGGUUGUGCGAAGCCUAAUUUCCCAGGAGUCUAUGCCAGAGUGUCUGAGUAUCAGUCCUGGAUCAACAGCCAAGUCACCAGCGACCAGCCAGGCUUCGUCACCUUCACGUCCAACGGGUCUGACAGUGACCUCAGUGUCAGCUGUCCCAUCCCGCCACCACCUCCAACCAACCUCCCUCCAACAACAGUCAAGCUGUGCGGUCGGCCUGCGCUCAACACCAGGAUUGUUGGAGGAGAGGUGGCACUUGAAGGCAGCUGGCCCUGGCAGGUCAGUCUGCAAAGACUUGGAUUUCACUUCUGCGGAGGAUCCCUCAUUAACAAAGAAUGGGUGCUGACGGCUGCUCAUUGCUUCAAAAGCACCAUCACAUUGGGUUUGGCUGUGGUCCUCGGUCUCCAGAGUCAAGAGGGGUACAACCCCAACGAGGUGUCUCGGACAGUCUCUCAGAUCAUCAAUCAUCCCAGCUACAACCCUAGCACUUUUGACAACGAUAUCGCCCUCCUGAAGCUCUCCUCACCAGUUACUUUCAACGACUUCAUUCUGCCAGUGUGCCUGGCAGCCUCAGACAGCGCUUUCAAUGAUGGCGUGGACACCUGGAUCACCGGCUGGGGCAACAUCGGAUCUGGAGUUCCUCUUCCUUACCCAAAAAACCUAAUGGAGGUGGAGGUUCCUGUUGUUGGGAACAGACAGUGUUUCUGUGACUAUCGCUUUAUAAACACAAUCACAGACAACAUGAUCUGCAUCGGGUUACGCUCCGGAGGGAAGGGCGCUUGUCAGGGGGACUCAGGUGGUCCGAUGGUGACAAAGACAGGAAGUGUCUGGGUCCAGGCUGGAAUCGCGAGCCAUGGAGUAGGUUGUGCGAAGCCUAAAUUCCCAACAGUCUACGCCAGAGUGUCUGAGUAUCAGUCCUGGAUCAACAGCCAAAUCACCAGCGACCAGCCAGGCUUCGUCACCUUCACGUCCACUGGGACUGACAGUGACCUCAGUGUCAGCUGUUCCGGCCUGCCGCCACCUCCAACCACCCUCCCUCCAACAACAGUCAAGCCUGUGGUCUGCGGUAGCGCCCCAAUGAAUUCACGCAUUUCGGGAGGAAGCUCGGUGGCGACUGCUGGCAUGUGGCCGUGGAUGGCGAGCCUUCAGAAGAAUGGAAGUCAUGUGUGUUGUGGGACUCUGGUGGCUGUGGACUCAGUGUUGAGCAACGCCGACUGCUUCUCAAGUUCACCCACAGCAUCUGAAUGGACUGUGGUCUUGGGUCGUUUGAACCAGAAUGGAGUCAACCCCUUUGAGGUGACACUGAAUGUGGCAAAAAUCACCCUAAGCACCCUGACCGGGUCUAAUGUAGCAGUGCUGCGUCUGGCAGCCCGGCCCACCCUGUCCAACUACAUCCAGCCCAUCUGCCUGGACAACGGACAGACCUUCACUGUGGGCUCCACAUGCUGGGCUGCUGGCUGGAGCUCUGGGCGUGGAGGAGUGGAACAAGUUCUGCAGGACUUCCAGACCUCGGUGGUAAACUGUGGGAACACAGCAACCAGUGACAACAUUUGUACUGGAUCUUUUACACUGGAACAGGGUGAUUCUGGGGGUCCGAUGAUGUGUCAAGUAGACGGCUCUUGGUUCCAGGCAGCCGUGUUGUCAGGCAACAAAAACACCGCCAGUCAAACGCAAGCAGAUCCGGUGAUGGUCUUCACCAAACUGAGCCGCUAUCAGAGCUUCCUGGCUCAGACUCUGGGAGAGUUCUUAUCUCCAGCCACCAGCGGGGGCUCACCUACUCUCCCCUUCUUCUUCUUCUUCCAUCUCCUCGUCUUCUCUGUGUUCCUCCACCUCACCUUAUAGGAACCUACCUUUACCUCUAAAUAGGUUUACAUGAUGUGACGGGCACAAAUGAAUGUAAACAACCAUGAGAGACAAUAUAGGCUUAAAGCUGCAUUAACUUAUCUAUGACUCGAUUCUGUUUUUAUUGGUGACCACUAGGAACAGAGUAGUGAAGUGUGCUGGGUUACAUCAGAGUAACCUUUUACUUAAGUAAAAGAUCUGCAUUCUUCUUCCACCACUGACAAGACAAAUAAUUACAGGGACCGAUAUCAUGUGAAUAUAUUGAGAUAAACUUGAAAAAUGGGAACUUAUGCUUUAAUUUAGUUGCUUUUCCAGUAUGAAGACACCACACACUCAAAACCUGAUUAUAAUUAGUGUGUAAUAUGUAAUUGGGACAUAGCUCAUGUUUUGUGGCGAGGCAAACUUUUCAGGAGACGCGGAAGAUUUUUUCAUUGAAACAACACCUCCAGCUCACUUCUCUACUCUAUUCCAACAAUAAAACAUGAUUUGUGCUGUUUGAUGUUUUUUGUAUGUUGCCUAGCAGUUUUUAAUAAUAACAAUAAUAAUAUAUUUAAUUUGUACCGUACCUCUUCUUCAAAUUACAACUCAAAGUGCUAUAGUAUUGAUAACAUAGAACACACAACAUUAAGACAAUAGUAAUAAGAGUUCGGAUGAAAUAUACAUCAUAAAUACAUCAUAAAUUUCUGUUCCUACACAUGCUCAGUGACGUCUGCCUUACACAGAACUAAUCUCUGCAGAUUGAGAGCAUUUCCAAACACAGGACAGCGGUGUGGCUCAUUGAUGUGUUUUUAAUAGUUUUUGGACAACAACAGAGGUCUACGGCACAGUGGAAUAAGAUA